AUGGUUCCCCUCGUAUGCUCUAGAGGGCUGGAUAGCAUGCAGUACUUCAAAAAAGAGAUCGACCAAGGCACAAUCACGGAGUUCUCCUCGGUGUUGUCAAUUAGGGCACCUCUGACGCUUCAACCAAUGAUUAGGGGAAACUUCACUUUGCAAUAUAACGGAGAGCUCUACAACCAAGAGAUAAAUAAUAAUGAUCUUGAAUUUAUUUAUCAAACUUUGGUGAAGUCAAAAUUUGAUGUCGUAUCAACUAUAGGUAAACUUGACGGCGAAUUCUCCUACUGCAUCACUAAUACAGACACUAAAAAGGUCUUUUUCGGGAAAGAUCUAUUGGGGAGAAAGAGUCUAGGAUAUAUGCUUGAUGAGAACCAAUUGUACAUUAGCAGCUGCCCUCCUGCCACGACACGAGACACCUGGUUCGAGUGUGCCUGCGCAACAAUAUAUGAGUUUGACAUGGAAUCUGGCAAGUUGGUAACGAUCGACUUUGAAUCUAGCAAUAAUCUUCCUAGCCCCGAUAUUGUUCAGCAGACAAACGAGCCCCUGAAUUUGUUGAAUCUGCAUGAACUAUUGGCUUCGAGCGUGAGGAAACGUGUGAGAACCAUCUCGCCAACACAUAAAUCAAGCUCUUCUGUGGCAUUAUUGUUCAGUGGAGGGCUUGACUGCACUUUGUUAGCGGCUCUGGCGGCCUCAGAACUUGGACCAGAUACAACGAUCGACUUACUAAACGUCUCUUUUUGCAACCCACGUUCCAACACCAAACCUGCAGACACACCAGACAGACUGCUUGCGAUAAAAAGCUGGAAAGAGUUGCAACAAACAUACCCAAAGGUCAAUUUUCAGCUGGUGGAAGUUGACGUGCCAUACGAGGAGUAUCUGGAACAUAGGUCCAAGGUGAUACAGCUGAUCUACCCUAACGACACAGAAAUGGAUUUAUCUAUUGCCAUCGCCUUUUAUUUCGCCGCGCGAGGCAUCGGUAAUCGUGUUCUUCCAAACGGAACCAGAGAGCCGUAUGAAAGUACAUGCAGAGUCUUACUAAGCGGUUUGGGAGCCGACGAGCUGUUUGGAGGUUACACUCGCCAUGAGCGAAUUUUCACGAGCCUCUCAAAUCAAAUAAAACGACAAGUCUCUGGAAAACCUCCGAAAGAUACCACAGAGUAUGACUGGGAUGCACUGAUCAAACGUCUGAUUGAAGAGCUGCAACUUGACUUAUCCAAUUUGCAUAUUAGGAACCUUUCGCGGGACGACAAAGUGAUUUCCUGCUGGUCCAAAGAAGUCCGCUACCCAUUUUUGGAUAAAAGUUUAGUGGAAUUUGCAACCAGAAAAGUGAGGUGCGAGGACAAGCUGCGGUUGGAUAGAACAAAUGGUGAGAUCAUAAGAAAGUUUGCAUUGAGAGAGCUUGCUCGUCAUUUAGGGUUGGAAUUUGUUGAACAGGAACCAAAACGGGCCAUCCAGUUUGGGUCUCGAAGUGCCAAAAUAGAUCCUGGGACCGGGAAGGUGAAGGGAACGGAUAGACUAGUGUAA